CGCUCAGUAGACGGGAGGCUCGGGAGGAUCGGCCGCAGAUUUGAAAUGGCAGAACACUUGUGCACGGGAAUCUCAAGCCCAACAACAUGUCAGUCUUACUGUCUCUGUCCGGAUAUUUAAGGAGUGACCAAAUAUUUUCUUUGCAACACCAGCACAUCUGUUGUCGAUCCUUGAAGAUGAAGAAUUAUCUCAACCCAGCUGGAAAUGUGCUUUGUGUCUGAAAUGAAGUUUUCUGUUGUAACUCACUGAAAUCCACAGGAACCGGGGUGCUGAGAACACACCAGCAUUUGUUCACUGAUCAGUUCUUCAACUGUAUUGAUUGUACAAGGGAUUCAAACAUCUGACUGUCUGAAUUGCCAGAUGAUUGAUCGCAGUGAGAUAUCAUUCUCCUUCUCUCAGUGUGGGAAGGGAUUCACUCACAGCCUACCCACAGACACGCCAGUGAGUUCACAGUGGGGAGAGGCCGUUCACCUGCUCUGUGUGAGGGAGGGGAACUACUCAGUUAUCCAGCCUAAAGAUACAACAGCAGGUUCACACCAUAGUGAGAUAUUACACUUGUUCUGACGGUGGGAAGCAAUUAAUUCUGUCAUCGAUGCUAAAGACAUCUCCGAAAAUUCACCAGUGAGAGGACAUUGACCUGCUCAGACUGUGGGAAGAGAUUUAUUUGGUUAUUUCAACUGUAGGAAUAUCAGCGGGUUCACACUGGAGAGCGGACGCUCACCUGCCCUGAUUGUAGGAAGGGGUUCACUCGGUCAUUUCAGCUGAACGAACGUCAGCGAGUUCACACUGAGAAGAUGCCGUCUACCUGCUCAGACUGUGGGAAGGAAUUCACUUCGUCAUCUUACUUGAAAGUACAUCAGCGAGUUCACUCUGGUGAGAAACCGUUCAUUUGCUCAGACUGUGGGAAAGGAUUCACUCGGUCAUCUCACCUACUGAGACACCAGUUAGUUCACACUGGAGAGAGGCCAUUCAUCUGCUCUGACUGUGGGAAGGGAUUCAUUUGGUCUGCUGAACUGAACGCACAUCAGCGAGUUCACACUGGGGAGAGGCCGUUCACCUGCUCGGACUGUGGGAAGGGAUUCACUCGGUCAUAUCAUCUAUACGCCCAUCAGCGAGUUCACACUGGGGAGAGGCCGUUCACCUGCCGUGAAUGUGGGAAGGGAUUCACUGACUCAUCCUCAUUACUGAAACACCACUUAGUUCACACUGGGGAAAAACCGUUCAACUGUUCUGAAUGUGGGAAAGGAUUCGCACAGUCGUCCACCCUUGUGAAACAUUACCAAACUCACACCGGGGAGAGGCCAUUCACCUGCUCUGAAUGUGGGAAGGGGUUCAUUCAGGCUGUUCUGCUGAAGGACCAUCAGCGAAUUCACAAUGAAGAGAAACCCUUCACCUGCUCAGACUGCGGGAAGGGAUUCACUCGAUCAUCUCAACUGAAGGUGCAUCUGAGAAUUCACAACGGGGAGAAACCAUUCAUCUGCUCAGACUGCGGGAAGGGAUUCAUCUGGUCAUCUCAACUGAAGGCACAUCAGCGAGUUCACACUGGGGAGAGGCCGUUCACCUGCUCGGAAUGUGGGAAGCGAUUCACUCGGUCAUCGCAACUACACUCACAUCAGCGAGUUCACACAGGGGAGAGGCCGUUCACCUGUUCUGAAUGUGGGAAGGGAUUCACUCGGUCAUCCAGGUUACUGAAACACAAGCUAGUUCACACCGGGGAGAAACUGUUCACCUGUUCUGAAUGUGGGAAGGGAUUCACUCGGUCAUCUCAACUGAAGGCACAUCAGCGAAUUCACACUGGGGAGAGGCUGUUCACCUGCUCAGACUGUGGGAAAGGAUUCUCUCGGUCAUCCAAGCUACAGAGACACCAGUUAGUUCACACUGGGGAGAAACUGUUCACCUGCUCUGAAUGUGGGAAGGGGUUCAUUCAGGCUGUUCAGCUGAAGGACCAUCAGCAAAUUCACAAUGAAGAGAAACCGUUCACCUGCUCAGACUGCGGGAAGGGAUUCCCUCGGUCAUCUCAACUGAAGGUACAUCGGCGAGUCCACUCUGGGGAGAAACCGUUCAUCUGCUCAGACUGCGGAAAGGGAUUCAUCUGGUUAUCUCAACUGAAGGCACAUCAGCGGGUUCACACUGGAGAGAGGCCGUUCACCUGCUCAGACUGUGGGAAGGGAUUCAUUCGGUUAGCUCAUCUAUACACACAUCAGCGGGUUCACUCUGGGGAGAGGCCAUUCACCUGCUCAGACUGUGGGAAGCGAUUCACUCAGUCAUCUCAACUGACGGUACAUCGACGACUUCACUCUGGGGAGAGGCCGUUCUCCUGCUCAGACUGUGGGAAGGAAUUCACUCACUCAUCCUCAUUACAAAGACACCGGUGGGUUCACACCGGGGAGAGGCCAUUCACCUGCUCUGAAUGUGGGAAAGGAUUCACUCAUUCAUCUGAAUUACUGAAACAUCAGCGAGUGCACACCGGGGAGAAACCCUUCAUCUGCUCAGACUGUGGGAAGGGAUUUACUCGAUCAGCCACGUUACAAAGACACCGGCGGGUGCACACUGGAGAAGGCUGUGCCCUUGCUCUCAGUGUGGGAAGAGAUGCACUCAGUCACCCGAUCUCGUGACGCACCAUGAUCAUACUGGAGAAGGCUGUGCCCUUGCUCUCAGUGUGGGAAGAGAUGCACUCAGUCACCCGAUCUCGUGACGCACCAUGAUCACACUGGAGAAGGCCGUUCUCCUGCUCUCAGUGUGGGAAGAUAUUCACUCAGUCACCCGAUCUCGUGACGCACCAUGAUCACACUGGAGAAGGCCGUUCUCCUGCUCUCAGUGUGGGAAGAGAUGCACUCAGUCACCCGAUCUCGUGACGCACCAUGAUCACACUGGAGAAGGCCGUUCUCCUGCUCUGAACUUGGGAAGAGAUGAACUCAGUCACCCGAUCUCGUGACGCACCAUGAUCACACUGGAGAAGGCCGUUCUCCUGCUCUGAACUUGGGAAGAGAUGAACUCAGUCACCCGAUCUCGUGACGCACCAUGAUCACACUGGAGAAGGCCGUUCUCCUGCUCUGAACGUGGGAAGAUAUUCACUCAGUCACCCGAUCUCGUGGUGCUCUACGGAGCUUUGACCAGAGGCCUACUGGAGAGAUGCGAAGCUCAAGUUUUCCGAUCGAGUGUUAAGGGCAACGACGCUGGGCCAUUUUGCUGGGAGUUUUCAGCAGCCGCCAAUCACCAUUCGGGAUUGAUUAGCAGGAGCGAAGGGAAGUGAGACAGGGCGAGUGGAGCGGCCCCCGCCCCCGCCCCCCCCCCCCCCCCCCCGUCAGAGCGGACAGAGUCAGAGUGGGGAUUUUGGGGCUUCAGGGACGAGCGGCUUCAAUCAGAGAAGGCAAAAGUCGGUGACCACAACUGCACGCAAUGCACCAAAUUAGGCUUCACCAAUGUCAACAACUUCAACAGUACGUCCCGCCAGCUGCAUUCAAUACGUUGAUGUCUGAAUGGCCAAAGCUUUCUUUAUGACCCUAUCUACCCGUGACGCCACUUUCAAUGAGCGAUAGACCCGUAUUCACUGUGCUGCUCACUGUGUAAGACCUACCCUGGCUGUUCCAACCGAAAAGGCGAGACCUCGCACUUGUCUGCAUUAAGUUCCAUUGCCACUUCCAGCCAAAUUUUUUCCAGCUGAUCCAGGUCCCUCUGCAAGCCACGAUAGUCUUCCCCACCGCCCGCUGCAGCCCCCAACCUUGGUGACAUCCACAGAUAUCCGUCCGUGAGAACAAGCGGGAUCUCCCAGUGGCGAACCAGUUCGACUUCGUGUUCCCGUUCCGAUAUGUCCAUCCACGUCCUCCUCUACUGUCGCGAUGAUGCCACCCUCAGGUUGGAGGAACAAGGCCUUAUAUUCCGUCUGGGUGUCCUCCAAUCCGAUUUCUCGAACUUCUGGUAAUGACACCCCCUUCACCAUUCCCUAAUGGCCUUUUCACUCUCUCGCCUUAUCUCCUUGCCUGCCCAUAGCCUCCCCCUCGUGCUCCUCGCCCUUUUCUUUCUCUCUUAUCGGACUCCUCCUUCUCCGGCUCUGUAUCUCUUCCACCGAUCGACUUCCCGGCUCUUCACUUUAUCCUUCCCUCCCCAGGUUUCACCCAUCACCUUGUGUCUCUCGCUGCUCUCCCCCACCCCCCACGCUUAAGAUCUACUCCUCAUCUCCUUCGGUGGACCAUCCCUACCAAAGGGUCUCGGUCCGAAACCGGUCUACGUUUUUCCCAUAGACGCUUUUUUUUUCCCGUAGACGUUUUAACGGGUCUCGGUCUAAGUUUCUCCCCAUAGACGCUGCCGCCUGGCCUGCUGAGUUCCUCCAGCAUUUUGUGCGUGUUGCUUGUAUCUCCAGCGUCUCCAGAUCUUCUCUUGUCUGCAAAUACGCUGACUCGGUUAACCGCAUUGUCAUCCAGAUCUUAAUAUAGAAGGGAAAAACAAACAACAAGAAAGGACCCAGCACCAGUCCCUGCGGCACACUACUGGUGAAAGGGUUCCAGUCAGAGAGGCAGCCAUCCACAAUCACUCUCUGGCUUCUCCCUCAAAGGCAAAGCGUCUUCUAUUUACUACUUCCUCCUGAAUGCGGAGCGUCUCAACAGUCUUGACCAGACUGCCAUGCGGGACCUUGUCAAAGUCCAUGUAGACAAUGUCCACUGACUUGCCUUCACCCACUUCCCCAUGUCCCCUCAUGCCCUGACUGAUAAGAAUCCACUCACCUCUGUCUUAAAUACACCCAGUGACUCGGCCUCCGCAACUGCCUGUGGCAGUGAAUUAGACAGACUCCCCACUCCCUGCCUGAGGACAUUCCUCUUCAUCUCCAUUUUGAAAUGACACCCUUCUAUUUCGAGGUGGUACCCUCUGGUCUGAGACUCUCCCACCGUAGGAAACAUCCUUUCCACAUCGACUGUAUCGAGACUUUUCUUCUGAAUUUCAGUGAGUGGAGGCCAAGAAGAAGUCAAAUGCUGCCCACAUGACAAGCCUGACCCUGGAAUCAU